GGUCUCUUCCUCCUCCAGUCUUCCGCCUGCUGUCAUUACACACAUUGACCUCCGAACAUGGCCGGCUUACGAGCUUUGGGUUCUCUCUCCAGACUCACAAUCAAGAGAUAUACUCUCUAUCCAGGUGCCUCCCGGAGGACCUUCACAGUGGCUUCCUGUAUGAUGGCUCGUACACACGUGAACUAUGAGAUUAAGGGAGAUGUAGCUGUGAUCCGCAUUAAUGACCCAAAUUCAAAGGUCAACACUCUUUCCAUUCAAAUGCAAAAUGAGAUGAUAGAAGUAAUGAAUGAGAUUUGGACGAACAAUGCUGUUCAGAGCGCCGUACUCAUCUCAUCCAAACCUGGCUGCUUCAUUGCUGGGGCAGACAUCAACAUGAUUCAGGCCUGUAAGAGCGCAGAGGAGGUCACUUUACUCUCUCAGGAAGGGCAGAAGAUGUUUGAGAAGAUUGAAAAGUCUCCUAAGCCCAUUGUUGCUGCCAUCAACGGAUCUUGCCUGGGUGGGGGCUUUGAGUUUGCCAUCGCCUGUCAGUACAGAAUUGCCACCAAGAAUAAAAAGACAGUGCUGGGCACACCUGAAGUCAUGCUCGGCCUUCUGCCUGGAGCCGGAGGAACACAGAGACUGCCCAAAAUGGUUGGUCUUCCCAGUGCCUUUGAUAUGAUGCUAACAGGAAGGAACAUCCGUGCAGAUAAAGCCAAGAAAAUGGGACUGGUUCACCAGGUGGUGGACACUCUUGGACCUGGACUGAAGAGUCCUGAGGAGAGGACCAUUGACUACUUGGAGGAAGUUGCUGUUGACAUUGCCAGAGGAAUCGCUAACAAGAAGAUCCCACUUACCAAAGAGAAGGGCAUGAUGCAGAAAAUCCAAGACUACAUCAUGAGCUAUCCGUUUGUGAGGCAACAGAUCUACAAUACAGUUCAAAAGAAAGUCAUGAAACAGACCAAGGGACUAUAUCCUGCACCAUUAAAAAUAAUAGAGUGUGUGAAGGCUGGCGUAGAACAGGGCCCAAAUGCAGGAUACUUGGCGGAGUCACAGAAUUUUGGGAAGUUAGCCAUGACCCGUGAAGCCAAUGCACUUAUUGGCCUGUAUCACGGUCAGGUUACAUGCAAGAAGAAUCGAUUUGGAACCCCUGAAAAAGAAGUGAAAACACUUGCUAUCUUGGGAGCUGGGCUGAUGGGAGCAGGCAUUGCUCAAGUGUCUGUAGAUAAAGGUGUUCACACCAUUCUUAAGGACACCGCACUGGAGGGAUUGAAUCGUGGACAGCAGCAGGUCUAUAAAGGGCUAAAUGACAAAACUAGGAAGAAGACCAUUACAUCAUUUGAAAGGGACAGUAUUCUGUCCAACCUUACAGGACAGCUAGACUACAGUGGCUUUGAAAAAGCUGACAUGAUAAUUGAAGCAGUUUUUGAGGACCUGAGCAUCAAACACAAAGUCCUAAAAGACGUUGAAGCAGUAAUUCCUUCCCACUGUAUAUUUGCCACUAAUACAUCUGCCCUACCAAUCAAAGAUAUUGCAGUUGUGAGCAAGCGACCUGACAAGGUCAUUGGAAUGCACUACUUUUCUCCAGUCGACAAGAUGCAGCUACUGGAGAUCAUUACAACUGAUAAAACAUCUAAGGACACAACAGCUUCAGCAGUGGCAGUUGGUCUGAAACAAGGCAAAGUCAUUAUCGUCGUUGGGGAUGGUCCCGGAUUCUACACCACCAGAUGUUUAGCUCCCAUGUUAGCAGAGGCAGUGCGCGUACUGCAGGAAGGUGUGGACCCCAAGAAGCUUGACUCUCUGACCACAGGCUUCGGGUUCCCUGUGGGUGCUGCUACCCUGGCUGAUGAAGUGGGCAUUGAUGUGGCAGCUCAUGUGGCUGAGGACCUCGGAAAGGCCUUUGGUUCUAGAUUUGGUGGUGGAAAUGUUGAGGUUUUGAAGACCAUGGUGGAGAAAGGAUUCAAAGGACGCAAAUCAGGCAAGGGUUGCUACGUCUACCAGCCUGGGCUUAAAAGCAGAGAUGUGAAUCCAGACAUUUUGGAGAUUUUGGAAACGUACAAGUUGAUACCAAAUCCUGCAGUAUCUUCAGACUCUGAUGUGCAGUACAGGCUGGUGUCCCGAUUUGUGAAUGAGGCUGUUUUGUGUCUACAAGAGGGGAUCCUUGCCAAUCCAGUGGAAGGUGACAUUGGAGCCGUGUUUGGUCUGGGAUUUCCACCAUGUCUUGGAGGUCCCUUCAGAUUUGUGGAUUGCUUUGGUGCUGACAAACUGGUGGAGAAGAUGAGGAGGUUUGAGGAGGUCUAUGGGAACCAGUUUACUCCUUGUCAGCUGCUGCUUGAUCAUGCCAAGGAUCCGAGCAAGAAAUUUCACAAGUGACUUCAGCUGCCAUGUGCCAUUACUUCAUAGAAAAUGUGAAGCGAUUUACAAGAAAAACUAGCAAUUGUGUGCACUUAAAGCAAGAGAACAGAAUGUGGUAUAAUCAUACUGAAGGGCCUUUUUUGCUGUCCCUUAAAAAGGAAAUAUUACAUUACAAAAGGAAAUAAUAUAAUUUUCCCCCAUAAGAUGCUCAGUGCAUGACUAAUAUUCAGGUAGCCUUUGGCUAAGUGAUAACAUUUUACUGAUAUACAAAUUUAGUGUUUGGGUUGUUUUUGUACAUUAAUGAACUAUUCAGCUAGUGUUAUUUUCUAAUAAUGAUGUACAAAUUAAACAUAAAGGCAGACUGAGAACCUGAGUGCAUUCCAGUGCAGCCCUGGUGUCAAUAUCAAAAUCUCCACAUGUAAUUGCUUCUCAAAUGUUUUGUAAGGUAUAGUCCAAAAGCACUUGUCUGUGAAAUAAUUUUUAAUUUCGGUGAACUUCGACACGUCUCUCUGUAUUUAGAAAGUGGCCGUGGAAAAUAAUUCAUAUCAAUGAAAUAAAUUAAAUGAAAUGUUAA